AUGGAGGGAGACCAAAGUGAAGGUGGUGAGGAAGAUUCUGAUUUCUCUCAAUCUGAUAUUGAUAUGGCCUCUGAGGAAGACGAUAUGCUGUACAAUCUUAAUGUGAUAGACGGUAUUGAAAUUGGUAUGGAUAUCAACACAGUGGGACAAGGUGAAGAAGUAGUGCUUCGAGGGGAGAUGGAUGAGGUUAACACAUUUGAUGACUUGGAGUAUCCAUCCUCCGAAGAGCUAAAUUUGGAAUGUUCAUCGGAUGAAGAGGUUGGUUAUCGCUUCCCUGAAUUCUUUGCUGAGACGGAUAUGAGAAAUCCGAAGUUAGAGGUCGGACAACUAUUUCGAUUAAUGCAAGAGUUUAGAUGCGCGGUGAGAAGUUAUGGUGCUCUGAACGGAUAUAAUGUGAAGUUGAGGUGUAAUGAUAGGAAAAGAGCUCAAGGAGUCUGCAAAUCGGGGUGCUCUUGGAGGAUUUGGGCUUCGAAGUUGAACGAGACUGAGACGGUGCAAGUGAAGUCUUACACCCCCGAACACAUGCACCGGAGUCAAUACAAUAGACAUUGCAACUACAUUUUCCUAACGCAUCGAUAUAUUGAACAAUUCAAAGCAGAUCCUGAUUGGAAGACAAAGUCCAUUUUAGCGACUGUGAGGAAUGAUUUGAAGACGGAAAUAAGUAGAAAUGUUGCUUGUAGGAUGAGGCAAUAUGCGAAGGAGAUCCUAUUUGGUACCCUCCAGGAGCAAUUUGGCCUAUUAAGGAGAUACGCAGCGGAAGUUCAUAGAACAAACCCAAGAUCUUCUAUAUUCAUCACACUUAAUGAGCAAGUAUUCAAGGGAAUGUAUAUAUGCUUUAAUGCCUGCAAAGCUGGGUUUAGGGAUGGUUGUAGGAAAGUGAUCGGUGUUGACGGGUGCCAUUUGCGGGGUUGUUUUGGUAGUAUUAUGUUAACAGCAGUUGGACAGGAUGCUAGUAAUUGUAUUUACCCAGUGGCAUAUGCCGUUGUUGAAAAGGAGAAUACGGAAGCGUGGAGAUGGUUCAUAAAGUAUCUAGCCGAGGAUAUUCAAAUGGAAAACGGACGCGGGUGGACACUAAUGACUGAUAAGCAAAAGGGGCUUCAGAACGUAUGUGAUGAAUUGUUCCCGGAAGCAGAACAUCGAUUUUGUGUACGACACCUGUACACAAACUUCUUCAAUGCAGGAUUCAAGAGCAAAAUUCUUAAGGAUUAUCUUUGGCGCGCGGCAAAGUCCACAAUCGUCCCCGAAUUUAAAAUGUGGAUGCAAAAACUUCACGAUGUGAGUACCGCUGCAUAUGAUUGGUUGAUACAAAGGCACCCUCGGGAGUGGAGUCAGUCACAUUUUUCGGUGCAUUCGAAGAGCGACAUGGUACUUAACAAUGGCUGCGAAGUGUUCAAUAAGACAUUGUUAGAGGAUAGAGAAAAGUUGAUACUAAAUAUGCUUACAUCAGUGCAUAUGACUUUCAUGACAAGGAUACAGAAAAGGCGAGAUAAGAUGGUAGGAUGCCAAGGUCGUUUGUGUCCAAAGAUUCAGAAAAAGUUGGGAUCAGAUAAGAAAUGGGAUAUCACAGGUAUACCGUGUAUGCAUGCCAUUGCCGUGAUAUGCGAGUGCAGGAAUCAACCCGAAGAUUUCGUUGACAACUGUUAUAGUAUUGAGACAUACAUGGGAUGCUACAAUAAUAUUGUGAACCCAAUUAAUGGAAGAUUAUUGUGGCCUGAAGUAUAUGCACCUACAAUUUUCCCCCCCAAGUGGACCGUGUCCCGUAGGGGAAAAAAACAAAAAAAGAGGCGAAAGCAGGCAGAAGAAAUGGUUGUGUGCAUGAAAGGAAAAGCAUAUGUGAAGAAGAAGGGGGCUGUGACGAUGACGUGCUCGCAAUGCGGAUUGAAGGGACAUAAUAAGCGAUAUCAUUCCAGUGCAAAUGCUCCAGUUGAUGAUUGGAUUGACGUUGAAAUACAACCAGUUGAAAACAAUUGCAAUGUAUUGGUAAAUGAACAAGGUAAAUUGGUUGCCACAAGAGGAAAGGGAACAUUGAGCCAAGGCCGGAGGGAAGAAAAUCAAAUGCAAUUCAUGCCUACGCCUACGGUUGCAAGUGAAUCGCCUUCAAGGAUAUUAGAAUAUGGACCAUCCGCUACUUUUGGUCGAUGA